UAGCAAAGAAAUCUGUGCUAGUGCGGCCACCCGCAAAAUGAAGUCUCCCCUGCCCUUGCCGGAACUGUUCGAUGAGGACGAAUUUUCGUUCACCUUCAAAAAGCCGCACGGUCUGAACGACGCGUUUCAUAGGCGGAGGCCACCGAAGCUAAUGCAUCCACUGAAUCGCAGCAUCAACGCAUCGAUGGCCAAUGCAAUCUCGUUCACGGAAAAUAAUCGAACGGAACUGAGUACGCUUUACAACCGUCACAAACCGGAAACGUACUAUGAGCAGUGCUUCGAGCAGCUGCACAAGGUGGGCGAAGGUUCGUUCGGGGAGGUGUUUAAGGUGCGCAGCCGAACGGAUGGUCGGCUGUAUGCGGUAAAGAAAUCGAAAACCUACUUCCGCAGCACGCAGUGUCGCGAGUUGUGUCUGGAGGAGGUACGCCGGUACGAGCAGUUCUCCGACCACGAGAACUGUGUCAAGCUGUACCAGGCAUGGGAGCAGGACGAUCGUUUAUACAUGCAGAUGGAGCUGUGCCGGGAAAAUCUGGAAGUGUAUGCUCGGCAACAGCAAAAGCUACCGGACGAGCGUAUUUGGUCGAUCAUGCUGGAUCUAUUGCUUGCUCUGAAAAGCUUGCACGAUCGCAACCUGAUCCAUCUGGACAUAAAGCUAGAUAAUAUUCUUGUUACGGACGAUGGAACGUGCAAGCUGGCCGAUUUUGGGAUCGUGUUCGAUUUGAGCAAAAGCAAUCCUCGGUACGCAACCGAGGGUGAUUCGCGCUACAUGGCACCGGAACUGAUGGAGGGCACGUACACCAAGGCGGCCGAUAUAUUUAGCCUCGGAAUAGCUACACUCGAGCUGGCCAGUAACUUGGAGUUACCGGCCAACGGACGGCUGUGGCAGCGGCUGCGCAGCGGACAACCACUGCCCGAAAAUCUGGCGUGCAAUAUUUCGUCCCCGCUGAAAGACAUCAUCCAUAGCAUGAUAAAACCGGUACCGGGAGAACGUCCGACGGUUGAUAUGCUGUUAAAGCAUCCGAUCGUGCAGAAACUGUACGAAAAGCGAAGGCGAAGGAGAGUGUUUGAACGAUCGAAAUCUUACCUCUACCGGAAGCUUUCCAGCCUUAGUGGAUUUUUCCUGCUUGCGGUAAUGUGGCUGGUGGCAUGCUUUCGCCUGCAGCACCGUAAAGAAUCGGCCCCGCAAGGAGGAGGAGUGGUCGCGAAACAGGUAUCAAAAGGUAAUGAUGGAUCCACGCAACUGUUCGCGAACAAAUGUUCACGAAGGUCUACCGGCACCUCGUUCCGUACAUCUCGAUUAAUGGAUCAGAGCGCCAGCUUGUUGGCAGCGGAUGAUGACGAUGAGGACAUUGAUCAAUUAAAUAGAACGGGGCUUGAUAGUAGCGCUUGUACGGCUAACACCGGCGACGAUACGGCGGACUGUGAUCGUACAGCGGAUUCGCAUGAGAAUGAAAGUGUGCAAAUUACGCCCACACUGAACAGUUCCAUGCCUCCCACGCGUACACCGACCGUACGGAUCGUCAACUCUACGCCCCUGAACCAUGAACAUCUGCCUCAUCAUAGCUUGCAACAGUAUCACCCGUAUUCGCAUUCCGGGCAUACUGGUUCGAGACACACGAGUCGCGUAUUCUGUUCCCCAUUUCGUAUUCUAUGGUUCGAGGACGAUGCAGACGAUCUGGCAAUAUUAAAAGAUUCCCACCGAAAUCCGCAAACGAUUUCCUCCUCCAGCUGGUCACCUGGUGGUGCAAAACCGACACUGCCAUCGUCGUCGACGUCGUCGGCUCGCCUCAAUGAUAGUGAUAGCGAUUUUCGUCCCCUUGGAUCACCCUCACACCACGAUCAGCAAGCAACAACGUCAAGAAGGAUUAGAGACGAGGACGAAUUGUCUGGUGAUUGUAGCCGAGAUGUCCAGCCAAUUACAUCGUCGCUCUGUAGGGACAGCCAGCAAUCGAUCACAAGCACUCCAAACAGUUCCUUAUUUAAAACUAUGCGAACAAGCGCGUUGGCCAUGAAUGGUCUAGCUGCCGCUUCUUUAUCCGCCUGUGAUAAUUCAUUGUCUGCCGCCGGGGGAUAUUCGUCCUUUCUGACAAAGAAAAAAUUAAAAUUUAAAACCGAAGAUGAUGAUUCCGACUGA